AUGGUGCUCCGGGACGCUGUUCCCGAGCUGAGGACAGGGCCUCUGUUUGUCGCGGGACGGCACAUAGGGCAAACCGGAGUUCGCGACUUCAAGGAGCUUCCAGAGCAACCGGGGGCCUACGAAGGGGGGGGGGAGAAUGCCACCCACCCACGAUUCGGUGCACACCCGGCCCGCUUCAUCAACGCCUUCUUUCACUGGCGUCCCACCCGCACGCGGGGAGGAGGGGGAAAAGAUCGUUGCGCCAGAGAGCAGUCACUAGCCGGUGUGACCGUGUAUAUUGGCGGUGAAGCACAGAUGAGCAGAAGCGAGUCCGUCGCCGACGAUGCGACGGCGCGAUAUAUACCCUCACCGACAUCUGGCCAGGCACGAUGGCCCAGCCCGUGGUCGGUCAAAAUUCCAGACCGGCCUGGUGUCGGUGGAGCGCACAAGGCGCUCUCUUAG